AUGGCAGCAGCUGCUUCUGACUCCAAGAACAAUGAAGAUCAGCAGGUGAGUAGAUCUUGGUGAUGGUCAUUUGAUGGGAGAAACCACUGAUGCUCUGAGUUGAGCUCCAAAGCUCAUUCUACAAUACAUAGGACACUCCUCCCUCUGCCUUAGGAAGGCUGUUGCCUUCAGUCUGCUGAGUGGAGUAGCAACAGCAACAGCAACACAGCACAAGUUGUUGCAUAUCUUAAUAUUGUGCAGUUUGAAGCGGCUGGAAAAAUAAAAACUGACUCCUUUUGGAAGGAGUCAUUGUCCAGGCCCAUAAAAAUAUUAUCCAAUUUUUACUAGCAUAACUCUUUACAAAACAGAACAUAAGCAUUAAAGAUACCCCUCCAAAUAUCCAUACAAUACCUUGUGCUUUCCAGCGCAGGCUCAGCAUCUUAGAAAAUAUGGAAUAUAGUCGUACCUUGGUUCUUGAACGCCUUGGUACUCGUACGUUUUGGCUCCUGAACACCGCAAACCCAGAAGUAAGUGUUCCGGUUUGUGAACAUUUUUCGAAAGCCGGAUGUCCGAUGCAGCUUUCGCUUGUGUGCAGGAAGUUCCUGUAGCCAAUCGGAAGCCACGCCUUGGUUUUGAACCAUUUCGGAAGUGGAACGGAUUAAGUUCGGGAACCAAGGUACCACUGUAAUCCAAACAGACCUAUAAACAAAGGUCUAUCUUUAACAGCAUCCAAUUCCCUGGUGCUGUUUUCCUUGAGAGCUUCAUUUACAUCUUCCGUUCUCUGUUGGGUUCAGAGAAACAAUAUCAGCCACCACCCUUUGAAGAUGGCAGAUUUGCAAUUCAACACCUUUGCACCUGAUCUAAGGUUACAGUAGUUUAGAGCAGGCUUCCUCAACCUCGGCCCUCCAGAUAUUUUUGGCCUACAACUCUCAUGAUCCCUAGCUAGCAGGACCAGUGGUCAGGGAUGAUGGGAAUUGUGGUCUCAAAACAUCUGGAGGGCUAAGUUUGAGGAAGCCUGGUUUAGAGUAAAAGAAGACAAUCAACAAAUAUUCAUUAACCCAUUGAGGAGUUCAGUGUCCUUUUGAAAACAGUUGUGGAAAAACCCCAACGUUAGCCAUUUUCCAUUUUAAACCUUCAUUAAUACACAUGCAUCUUUUAUUUCUGUGUGAAUUAAAGCAAUUAUACUUAACACAGAUGAGUCAGACAAGAACUGGCUAGAUUCUGCCUUGGCCAGGCCUGCUGUUUCUCUAGCAACAACAUCUAGAGGACCAAGGGUUCUUUAUUCCUAAUCUACAGAGUUUUGUUCCCUUAAACCCAUGUACUCUCAGUUCCGCUGGCCAGACACAUAUCAAGAGAAGGGUUGGUUUCAAAUGGAGUCUUUGUUGACUGCCCCCUGGCCUUGGGUUGCUGACACCGGUUGCCUUGUCUACUUCACGUUCCUUUGCUUCUAGAACCUGGUGAGCAGAGUGGCCUCGGUUUCCCUGAGUGCUGCUUGCGAAAUGGUCUCCACCACAUACUCUUCAAUCAAAGAGAACAUUCCGGUCUUCAAAUCUUUCUGUGAUGCGGCCGAGACGGGGAUGAGGACAAUUGCUUCGGCCACAGUCAGCAGGGUACAGCCUCUUUUCAGCAAGCCCCAGAGUGAGUAAAUGGUCGGCUCUUUGGGAUGGGGAGAGAAAUUCAAUUCUGUUCCCAUUUAAAGGCAAACUACCGUAUUUUUCGCUCUAUAGGACGCACCGGCCCAUAGGAGGGGGAGAACAGGGGAAUUUUUUUUUUCUUGUUCUCCCCCUCUAAAACAAGGUGUGUUCAAGGUGCAGUCACCCGAGCUUGUGGGGCUGCUGGUGGGGGGAAGUGCUGCUUUCCCCCACCGCCAGCCUCAAAGAUCCCUGAAGCCUUUGGAGCGCAGCGCCCCGCUGCCCUGGAGAGGCUUUGCGCGCAGCCGUCCCCAAGGUAGAAGAGCAAGACGGAGGCCUCCGUCUCACUGUUCUGGCUUGUGAACAGCCUUGCUAGCCUCUGCAGGACAGCGGGGUGAAGGCACCCCACUGCCCUGGAGAGGCUUUGCACGCAGCCAUCCCCAAGCUAGAACAGUGAGACAGAGCGCUCCGCAGCGCUCCUUCUCCCUGUUCUGGCUUUGGGCUUAGCGGUGCAGCCUGCAUUCGCUCUAUAGGAUGCACACACAUUUCCCCUUAAUUUUUGGAGGGGAAAAAGUGCAUCCUAUAGAGCAAAAAAUAUGGUAACCAUUCUUUGCGUUUUCCGAAACAAUACCUGAACUGAGACACAACCGUCUUUCAAAACUGCGGCGUAUCCAAAUUUUGCAAGCCCCCAAGAUGUGUGUCCAAAAGUGUAUAUUUUGUGGUAAAGCAUGCAUAUAAAUGCAUAUAUUAGUGCGAGCGACAUUCCAAAAUAUAGAGAAAUUGCUUUGCAACCAUGUGUAUGCUAGGCAAAGGUAGUAGGAGAAAUUUGCCCAGUGAUGCUGAUGGAUUUUUUAUGAGAACUUUUAAAAAAUAAGAUAAAAAACUGAUGUGGAAAUGUAGGGAAUUGAACUUAAGAUUGAAAAAAAACGUGAAACUGCAAAAAACCCAAAAUGAAUAUAUUCACCUAUCCCUACCCUUUGUGGAGUCUUUUCCAGUGUCCCCAUAAGUUCAUGGUGGUGGUAGUAAGUUCCACAGAGAGAAAAGGAGUGGAAAUUAGCUUACAAAAAUCUAAUGACCACAUGAAAUUUUACCUUCUGUUGCAGAACAAUAUUAAACGGUCAGUGAAACAUCACAAAACAAAUGUCAUUGUCAGUAUAUAUAGCACAUUUUCCACAGGGAAACUCAUGCUCAAAGCAGUUCACACAAAGAUCUAAAACAAUAACUGUACAUAACAUAUAAGACGUAAUAAGAGCAUCUAUUGUCGUUGGUGCAACUGUCUAAAAUUGCACUGUGCCAAUGACAACUAUUUAUUAUCUAUUUUUUUAAAAAAUCCAGCAGCAGAUGUGCAGAACAGCCGAGAUCUGGACAAAGUGGAGGAAAAGGAAUUGAUAGUUCAAGGACCAGCUGAUCAGGUAACCUCUGUCCAGACUUCAACUGGUCCCUAUUAUGAAUUUGUCCAUCUGAUAAUGGGGUGGUCCUGGUGGCUAGGAGGUUAACAAAAGAACAUGAAUAGUCUUUGGAGGCUGGAAGACUCUCACUAGGUGAUGACCUUCAGCUAGCUUAGGAACCUGUGGCUCUCCAGAGGUUGGCUGGGCUACAGAUCCCAUAAUCCUGGUCCACUGGCCAUAUUGGCUGGGGCUGGUGUGUGCUGGAAUUUAGCAGUGUCUGGCAGUGCCUUAGGUUCCCCAUCCCUGAGUCAGGAGGAGUUGUUGUUAAGCAACCUCAAGCUGGAGGACAAGAGCUGUAAGUUAAGCAGGACUCAGUGGAGAGGCUUUAGGCUUCACCUUGGAAUCUGAUGUAGAUGUCCAUCUGUUUCUGCUGGGCUCUGGGUGCCUGAUGUUUAUUUACAGAUGUGCACCGGGACGCGGGUGGCGUUGUGGUCUAAACCACUGAGCCUAAGGCUUGCCGAUCAGAAGGUCGGCGGUUCGAAUCCCCACGAUGGGGUGAGCUCCCGUUGCUUGGUCCCUGCUCCUGCCAACCUAGCAGUUCGAAAGCAUGCCAAAAGUGCAAGUAGAUAAAUAGGUACCGCUCCGGCGGGAAGGUAAACGGCAUUUCCGUGCGCUGCUCUGGUUCGCCAGAAGCAGCUUAGUCCUGCUGGCCACAUGACCAGGAAGCUGUACACCGGCUCCCUCGGCUAAUAAAGCGAGAUGAGCGCCACAACGCCAGAGUCGGCCACGACUGAACCUAACGGUCAGGGGUCCCUUUACCUUUUUACUCGAAGUCUCCUAUGUAUUCUCUGCCAGAAAACUGAAUCCUGUAACACUUUCCCCAAAUACCUUCCUGCUCGGAUGUAGGAUGCAUGCAACGUGGUCCAUCUUUGAAGGCUUAUCUGUGGGCGGCAGACGAAUACGGAAAGUUUUAAGAGCUACUUUUGUGAACAAGUUUUGCUAGGUUGCCCCGAUGCUGACUGCUUCUCUCCCUUCCUAGGGGAGCCCAGAUAAAAAGGAGACGGCGUCAUCUACGGAGACACUUGCAGCAGCAGCGGUUUGCCAAAGAGCUGCCAAAACAAAGGACGUUUCCCCCGGCAUGCUGGACCUGGUUAAAGAAGCUGUCCGAGGGAGUGUUGAGAUGACCACGUCUGCGCUAACCAGUGGCAUGAACACUGUGAUGGGCUCCAGCAUAGGCCAGAUGGCCUCCAGUGCUGUUGAGGCUGUGAUGGGGAAGUCUGAGGAGAUGGUGGAUCACUACCUCCCAAUGUCUGAUGAGGAGCUAGGUCAGUCGACGCUUGUCUGUUAGCCGCCUCUACCUGCGUGCGAGUGCCCGGUGGUCUGCGCCGUGCUCAUGCAUGUACGCCAGUGUUAUUUAGUCUUUUCUAAGCACAGUUGUAGAAGGGACGUGGGUGGCGCUGUGGGUUAAACCACAGAGCCUAGGGCUUGCUGAUCAGAAGGUUGGCGGUUCGAAUCCCCGCGACGGGGUGAGCUCCCAUUGCUCGGUCCCUGCUCCUGCCCACCUAGCAGUUGGAAAGCACAUCAAAGUGCAAGUAGAUAAAUAGGUACCGCUCCGGCGGGAAGGUAAACAGUGUUUCCGUGCGCUGUUCUGGUUCACCAGAAGCAGCUUAGUCAUGCUGGCUACAUGACCCGGAAGCUGCACGCCGGCUCCCUCGGCCAAUAAAGUGAGAUGAGUGCCACAAGAGUCGGUCAUGACUGGACCUAAUGGUCAGGGGUCCCUUUGCCUUUAAGCACAGUUGUAGAAGAGCUACGCUAAAUUAGCCGCACAAUGUCCACUGCAGUGCAGAUUCCCAUUGCAAGGUCCCCCACAAUCUGAAAACUAAAAUUCUCCAUCCAUGCAAUCCACAUUCUGCACUAAAACAGAACUGAGCAAAUGUGUGCAUUGUUCUGUGACUUUCCUGCUGUUCUCCAGCUUUGCUUAAUUCGUGGGUGGGAGAGCUCUUUGGAAGCCAGAGGGAGGCGUGGUAGCAAAUGUCAAUAGGCUUUGCCUUGGGAGGAAAUGGGUAAUCAAGCUCAUUCUUGUAAUCUCAGUCUAUCUGAAAAUUUCAGUAUGUGAAGAGGUUUGAGCUAGUUGCUCCUGCUCAUACCGCAUGGCUCUCACCAGCCGGUCUAGAGUUCCUAUACCAAGAAUCUAGGAACUUUUACCACUUUGUAAGUAAACUAAGUUUUGCUGCCUGUGCAACUAUUCUAAAGCACCUGAAUCUGACCUUUCGAGAGUUUGUAAGUAAACCAUUUUUAACUUGCCAAAUGUGCGGUCUGUCCCUAUGCUGGGGGAAGAGGGAAACUUUGGAAAGAAGCUUCUAACAGGCAUAUUGGAACUCACUUUGAAGGACAUAUUUUAAAACUUUAACAGUCUAGAUUUCUUUACCUUGCUGCAUAUUUUGUGACUUUAUAUCUCUGCUGGGGUUCUCCCACCAAAAAGUACAUGCUCCAAACUUGGAUCUUGGUAUCCAGGAAUUCCAGGAUGCAUAUGUAUAUUUGCACCGACAAUAUUUAGGGCGUUCUGCAUAUUUCCAGGGCUUGCUAAGUUCUAAAGUGUGUAAUGCCUUCCUUUCAGCUACUCUUGCAGCUGCUGUGGAGGAGACAGAGACCUCUUCUUCCGUUGAGAAGCAAAGGCAGCAGCGGAGUUACUAUGUGCGCCUGGGUUCCCUCUCCAACAGGGUGCGCCAGAGAGCCUACCAGCACACCCUGGGCAAGCUGCGCCAAACCAAGCAGAAGAUGCAGGAGACUCUGUCCCAGCUCCAGCAAGCAAUGGACUUGGUAUAAGCACUUUUCUAGUCUCUGGUAGUGCUUGCUCUAGGUCGACCUUCUCUAACCUCUGCUGUUGCAGACCGCAACUCCCACCAGAGCCACCUGGCAUGGCUGCAUGAUACAGAGGCUGCUGGUUGUGCUGGUUGAUGGGAGUUGUAGUCCAAAACAGCCCCAGGUUGACAAAGGCAACUCUGGCUCUCUGGGGUUGGGGUGUUUUUUUUGGGAAAAUGUGCUGGGUUCAGUUGCACAAUGCACAUACCUUUAGCUCAGGGUUGUCAAUUCCAGAUGUGAUGUCUACCAGCCUUGAUAACUUAAAAGAGGACACUGCAACUUUAAUAAUAAUAAUUUAAUAAUGAUAAUUUAUUAUUUGUACCCUGUCCAUCUGGCUGGGCUUCCCCAGCCACUCUGGGCAGCUCCCAACAAAGAUUAAAAAUAUAUUAAAAUGUCACACAUUAAAAACUUCCCUGAAUAUACUUAAAUGACUAACUGACCAUUGAAGCUGAAGGGGGUGGGUCUGUCUGUUCAGAUGUGGUGCCCCUGAACACCAAUGUUGUGGAACAAACUGGGUGAAGGGUGGCAACUUACAGGUCCUGCUUUUGUGCUUUCCAGAGGGGCUGGAACUACACUGACCUGUUUAAUAUUAUUAGAACGAUAUUAGAUAUAUCAUUCUAAAACGUCACAGGGCAUACUUGUAAAUUAAAGCGGUUUUCUUACCUUGUCCCCCCCCCCGUCAAAACGCUGCUGGUAGAUCAACAGCACCCUCUGGUGUCACAUUUUAAUAAUGCAUAAAGAACAUUAAAUGCGGUACAUCUGAUGUCCACUUGCAUUACCACAAUCCUUCCCUAGGUAAACGUAAAGGGACCCCUGACCAUUAGGUCCAGUUGUGGCCGACUCUGGGGUUGCGGCGCUCAUUUCUCUUUAUUGGCCGAGGGAGCUGGCGUACAGCUUCCGGGUCAUGUGGCCAGCAUGACUAAGCCGCUUCUGGCGAACCAGAGCAGCGCACGGAAACGCCGUUUACCUUCCCACCAGAGCGGUACCUAUUUAUCUACUUGCACUUUGACGUGCUUUCGAACUGCUAGGUUGGCAGGAGCAGGGACCGAGCAACGGGAGCUCAGCCCGUUGCGGGGAUUCGAACCGCCAACCUUCUGAUCGGCAAGUCCUAGGCUCUGUGGUUUAACCCACAGCACCACCCGCAUCCCUUCCCUAACCCCUCCUUAAUGUUAAAAACCAUGUGUGUAAAUCCACCCUGGGUGUCGGUUGCCUGAUCAGCAAGGCACGCCAUGCUCUGUUGCCCAAGCAGACUGGUUCAUUUUAUUUGUGUGGCAAAAGUACCUCCCAAAAUGUGAGAUGUGAUUGUCCUUGGGAGAGUCAGUCCCACUGAGCUUCGUUUGAGAGACUUUCUGCUUUUUACUGUUUCGCUUGGAAGUAUCUCUCUUUUCUAAAUGUUCUUAAUGUUCUCGCUGCUAAUUUCCUAGAUUGCAUUUGCCAGACACACAGACCAGAAAGAUCAAGGCGGGCAGGAGGAACUGCGGCAGAAGUGGUUGGAGUGGAGUAAGAACCAGUUGAGACAGAGCGAUUCCACUGGAGAGAACCCAGCAGAGGUAUGUUGUGUUCUUGGCUUCCUCAAUGUAUUUCACAGAAAAGGGCCCAUCAGGACACAGGAUGGCUUGCUCUCGUGACAAAGCUCAGCAGACCAUAGCCUGGAUGGGGUGCCCCUGCUAAGUAAAUCAUGGUAGCAUAGCUGUCAACUGACAGAAUUGAAAAUAAGGGACCAGCAGCCUCGAAAAUAAGGGAUCAGCAGCCAAAAUAAGGGAUUUUCCGGGCACAGGUAUGUUCAGCUUCUGAGCCCCUCCGAGCCAAAGGCAGAAAGCCCAGCCAGCAGCCAAACGAAGCCUUAAGCAGUGGUUCCCACAUCGCAACAACCUGGCAAAGGGGAUGCAGCAAGGAAAACCACCAUCACCUCUCCGCUGGGAAGCGCUGAGCAAAGGCGAGUCUCCAGGCAAGGCGGCCAGGCACAAGGCAUGCAAGCUCCACCCCCUCCCAGUCGUUCUUAGACUCCUUAUUGGGUGAGCAAUGCAGCCAAGCAACACAGUUGGAGCCUCCCUCCUCCCUGGCCGGCAGGGAGGGAGGGAGGGAGAGGAGCUGCUUCCUUUGAAACCUGGGAAAUUUAAGGGACAUCAUCAAUAAGGGACAGCAGCGGGACACAGCGCUGGGAUAAGGGACUGUCCCGCCAAAUAAGGGUCGGUUGACAGCUAUGUGGUAGCUAAAGGGAGAUCAGGAUGAAUAACAAUAGUCUCAUAUUGUUUGGGUUUUGGAGAGUGUGCCUAAAUCACAGGUAGGGCAAGAGCUGCAAAAAUAAAACACAAAACUACAAUAUGGUUUGAACGGAGGAUAAUCAAACUUUCAGCACCAGUUUUAAAUGGAAGUUAAAGUUUCUGCUUACUUUAUGAUUUGUGUGGAUGGGCAAAUGUAAGAGAAGUUCAGAAAAAGACAAGAACUGAAGACUUCCAUUGCAGUGCUUUCACUUGACCAAGCUCUGCUCUGUGCCAUAUCCAAACCCCAUUGCCUGACGCAUCUGCUGAAGGUUUGCCAUCCCUGUCCUAACUACAAUUAAUCCAGAAUAUGGCCAUAUAACACUGGUCCUGAAAGACCUAAAUUGGCUCCCAGUACAUUUCCGAGCACAAUUCAAAGUGUUGGUGCUGACCUUUAAAGCCCUAAAUGGCCUCAGCCCAGUAUACCUGAAGGAGCGUCUCCACCCCCUUACUCAGCCUAGACACUGAGGUCCAGCUCCAAGGGCCUUCUGGCGGUUCCCUCACUGCGAGAAGGGAGGUUACAGGGAACCAGGCAGAGGGCCUUCUCAGUAGUGGCGCCUGCACUGUGGAACGCCCUCCCAUCAGAUGUCAAGGAAAUAAACAACUCUCUAUCUUUAAGAAGACAUCUGAAGGCAACCCUGUUUAGGGAAGUUUUUAAUGUUUGAUGUUUUAUCGUGUUUUUAAUAUUCUGUUGGGAGCUGCCCAGGGUGGCUGGGGAAACUUAGCCAGAUGGGCGGGGUAUAAAUUCUUCUUCUUCUUCUUCUUCUUCUUCUUCUUCUUCUUCUUCUUCUUCUUCUUCUUCUUCUUUGUUUUGUUACUACUACUGUUAAGUUGUGGGUGAACAUAUCAGACGACACACUGAUUCUUCAAACAGCUCUUGUUUAUUCACAGGCCAGAACAGAACUGAACUGAAGGGUUCAGCCAGCCUGCUUGUAUAGAGCUCCAGAACAACGUAAUUGUAACAACUUUCUGUAACUAUCCAAUCACUGAACGUCACUCUCGAUCCCUUAUUUGCAUAUGUGGACCUGAACUAUCUACAGCAUCCCCCUGCUGGCCCAGGGUGAGAACUUCAAUACAUAACAACUACUACUAUUAUUAUUACUAACACCUCUUUCUCUCCAGCAGAUGGAAUCCCAGGCUCUAGGCAUGUCCCGCAACAUUGCCCAGCAGAUUCAGGCUGCCUGCCAGAGCCUCCUGGCCAACAUGCAGGGUCUCCCUGCAGCCCUCCAAGAAAAGGUACAGCAAGCUUACAGCUACAUGGAGGAGCUACAAGCUGCUUUUUCCAAUGCCAAGUCAUUCCAGGAGCUUCCUAGUGGCCUUUUGAUGCAGCGCCAGGAAACAAUGGGCAAAAUCUGGCAGGCUGGGGACGAGGUCCUGGAGUACGUGAUGCAGUCCACUCCCCUGAACUGGAUUGUGGGGCCCUUCUCCCCAGAAGAGGUCUCUCCUCCUGAACCUUUGGCCGAAACCCAAGCAGCAGAGGUGCCUCCAUCUGUGAAGGAAUCAGAGGUAGAUGUCCAAAGGAUGGAAGUGCCUGGAUCCAGUGCUUUGAACGAUCAAGCCUAA